UUGGGGAUGGUUGACUAUGCGGGCUGCACACAUCAGGGAUGGGUUAACUGGUUAAGCUCAAUUCAGAUGGAUCCUCCACUUCCAACUAUGGUGACAGCGUUGGUGGCCACCAACAGAGAUCACAAAUGGCCUGCAAUCAAUUGUCCAGCUCUAGAAGACCUUGAGACAGCCUUUUCCUGCUUGAAAUCUGCAAGUGGCACUGACAUUGCGGUUGUCAAGCUUUUCUUCUUCUUCUUGAGCGUUUUGCAUCAUCUUACUAACAUUGUCUUAACUACUUCUUCUUCUUCUUGUCUUAAUUUCUUGUUUAGGUUGUCAAGCUUUUCUUCUUCUUCUUCUUCUUCUUCUUCUUGAGCGUUUUGCAUCAUCUUACUAACAUUGUCUUAACAACUUCUUCUUCUUUUUUUUGAGCGUUUUGCAUCAUCUUACUAACAUUGUCUUAACUACUACUUCUUCUUCUUCUUCUUUUUGAGCGUUUUGCAUCAUCGUACUCUUCUUCUUCUUCUUCUUCUCGAGCGUUUUGCAUCAUCUUACUAACAUUGUCUUAACUACUUCUUCUUCUUCUUCUUCUUCUUGAGCGUUUUGCAUCAUCGUACUAGGUUGUCAAGCUUUUUCUUCUUCUUCUUCUUCUUCUUCUUCUUCUUCUUCUUCUUCUUCUUCUUGAGCGUUUUGCAUCAUCGUACUAACAUUGUCUUAAUUUCUUCUUCUGCUUUUCUUCUUCUUCUUCUUUUUGAGCGUUUUGCAUCAUCGUACUCUUCUUCUUCUUCUUCUUCUUGAGCGUUUUGCAUCAUCUUACUAACAUUGUCUUAACUACUUCUUCUUCUUCUUCUUCUUCUUCUCCUCCUCCUCCUUCUCCUCCUCCUCUUUGAGUGUUUUGCAUCAUCGUACUAGGUUGUCAAGCUUUUCUUCUUCUUCUUCUUUUUGAGCAUUUUGCAUCAUCGUACUAACAUUGUCUUAACUUUUUCUUCUUCUUGCAUCAUCUUACUAACGUUGUCUUAAUUUCUUGUUUAGGUUGUCAAGCUUUUCUUCUUCUUUUCGAGCGUUUUGCAUCAUCGUACUAGGUUGUCAAGCUUUUCUUCUUCUUCUUCUUUUUGAGCGUUUUGCAUCAUCGUACUAACAUUGUCUUAACUUCUUCUUCUUCUUGCAUCAUCUUACUAACGUUGUCUUAAUUUCUUGUUUAGGUUGUCAAGCUUUUCUUCUUCUUCUUCUUCUUCUUCUUCUUCUUGAGCGUUUUGCAUCAUCUUACUAACAUUGUCUUAACUUUUUCUUCUUCUUCUUUUUUGAGCGUUUUGCAUCAUCUUACUAACAUUGUCUUAACU